UGAAAAGUGUGUGGGUGUGUUGUGCAGCAUAACUAGUAUAGGUGGAUUAACGGGCGGUUGCUACCGGGGAACCACGGGGUGUGAAGAGACAUGUAAACCCAUGUGACACUGUUACGUUCGGCUGGUUUCGAAAUCGCGUGCUCAGUCAACAUUUCAGCCGUCUAACUGCGUUGUAAGGGGCCCCGGUACGUGCUCACCUGCAUAAUUUAUGCGGGGUGUGGCACAUCGGUGCAGAUUCCGCAGCGCAGCGCAAAAUCGUCUGGUUUCCUCCCGCGUGAGCUGCAACAUUCUGGUGUCUGUUUUCAACACGUGCCAUGGCAUAUGUAAAUGUUGCUUCCUGGAGCAAUGACCAGGUGGCAGAAUGGAUUAAAGGUCUGUCGGACCACGAAGCGAUGCAGCAGUACGCGCGGCACCUGCAGGCGGCCGAGAUCAGCGGCUCGCGGCUACUGCAGCUGCGCGCCGGUGACCUGCGCGAGCUCAGCAUCAGUCGCGUCGGCCACCAGGAGAUCAUCCUGGCUGCCAUCGCUCGCCUGCAGACGCUGCACUUCACGCUCAACUCGGAGAACCUGCAGCAGCUGGCCAUGCGGCUGUGCAGCAAGACGCGCAGCCUGCACAGCCAGCUGUGCCACGAGCCGGUCUCGGCCGGCGGCGCCCUGCAGCGCGUCACCGUGCCCAUCCUGGAGGCCGUCACCGACGCCAUGACCUCCGUCAAGGACAUCAUCUCCUGGCUCAACACGGCGCCGUUCGACGGCCAGGACGUGUUCACCGAGAUCAAGUCACGCAUCCUCGAGCCCAGCAUCAAGCUCGUGAUCAACGCCCAGCGGGACAGCUUCGCCGUGCGGCCCGUGGACGGCAUCAUGGCCGCGUCCAAACAGCUGGCGGACGUCUGCGACUCGGUGAUACAGGACUGCGCCGACUCGCUGACGCUGCUGCCCGCCCCUCUGCUCAUCAUGACCAUCAAGCGCAAGCCGGACGAGCCGCUGGGUCUGCACAUCGUGCGCGCCAUCUCGGGCGUACACAUCAUCACCGGUGUCAAGUUCCAGUCCCCGGCCUACAUCUGCGGCAAGCUAGAAGAAGGCGACGAAAUCGUCCAGGUCAACUACCAGACGGUGGUGGGCUGGCAGCUGGGCAAGGUGAUCGACCUGCUGCAGGACACGGAGUUCGGCUCCGAGGUCUACCUCACCGUCAAGAAGCGGCCAAAACACUCCAACCUCAUCGACCAGGUGUACUUCAAGCCGUUUCGGCUGCCCAAUAAGAAGCGCACGCCGUACCGCUGGAACACGUCGCCCCGGCCCGACCUGCUCGCCUCGCUGCCGAAGAUCACGCUGCCGCCCCGGCUGCCGUCGCCGGAGGUGUGCGUGACCGAGCUGACGCCGCAGCAGUCGAGCGACUCCGACUCGGACGCGUUCCUGGCGGAGCCGGGCGCCGGCGCCGCCUCGCCCACCAGCGUGCGCCACUACCUGCCGAAGCCGCGGCCGACGCUGCAGCGUGGUCAAAAGGUCACAGGAGGCCACACGGGUCGGCUGCAGGCGCACUGGAAGAUGUGA